UGAAAUUCUAGAGAGAAGCUCUGGUCAUAAAUCACAAAUGGCUGCCUCUGGAGGAACGUUUAUUGGAGUCUCCUCAUCAAGCAAUAAUGCAUCCAGCAAUUCCAACUGUGGUUCUUCAUUUCAACCCAUCAAAACCCAGGUGGCCAUUCCUACAGCUCAUGUCAUGCCCUCCACGCUGGACAGAUCACCUUGUCUAGCAAGUGAAUCAAGCGCUCCUCAGACCACUGUGGCUUCUUCCCUGCCAAAUUCACUGGGUGACACAGGAGGACCGAUGUCCAACUAUGAUUCUGAUACUCUGAGGCAAUCUCAGGCAGUCCACUGGAAUCCUCUUUGUCUGAAUCGGACUUUGGCGGAAAAUGGUUGCGAUCAUGCCUUGUUUCGUAGUUCUGGUCAGUCAAGUGUGGAAUGUGUCCAGCAACCCAUCAACCUAGAUGCUGAAGUCACCCACUCUUCUUUUCUAGAUAGGCAUUCUAUUGGUCCUUGGUCCCAACUCCAGAUGUACACUUCAGGCAAUUCAAAUAGCACUGCUGCUGGCCUAGAAAAAGAAUCAAAUAAAAUAUUCCAGGAUGCUAAACCAUCAAUAGAUUCCAAUAGAGUCUGUGGGAAGCAAGUAUCCUUGGGACUUAAUCCUGCUAGUAUGUAUUCCACCCCUUUAGCUGCUCAAUCUCAGACAUGGAAGCAGGAAGCUUGUACACUACAUCCAUCUGAGAACUGUGCACACAGUGCCUGGAAACAACAUCUGGAUAGUGUUCAACUGCAACUGGAACAGAUGCAGCUGCAAAAUAAAGCUACUUGUUACUAUCCUUUGGUGAACAGCACCUCAGUGCACACACUUGAUCCAGCUCAGUGGAUCGGCAUUGUGAACACAAAUGAAAAUUUGCUCCUGGAGAAAGAAGUUGUCAUUGACAGGCAGAGACAGCACAUUUCUCAGCUGGAGAAGAAACUACGAGAAAGUGAGCUGCAAGUCCACAGUGCCCUCUAUGGCCAUCCUGCUGCUUACGGAGACAUGUGUCUGCUCAGAAUGCAGGAGUUACAGCGGGAGAAUAUAUUUUUACGGGCUCAGUUUACUGAAAAAACAGAGUCACUCAAUAAGGAAAAAAUUGAAUUGGAAAGGAAACUGGCUGCCUCAGAAGCUGGUAUGAAACAGAUUGAGGAGGCUCACAGAGAGACCGUGCAGAAGCAUUCAGCAGAACUCAAGAAACAAGAAGAAAGGGUCAGGUCCAGAGACAAGCACAUUGAUCAUCUGAAAAAGAAAUGCCAAAAAGAAUUGGACCAAAACCAGGAGAAGCGGCAGAGAAUUGAGACUCUGGAGCGCUAUGUCGCUGACCUCCCAGUGCUGGAGGAUCAUCGGAAACAAAAUCAACAGUUAAAGGAAUCUCAGCAGGCAGUUAAUACUUUGCAAGAAAGAGUGACUUCUCUCGAAAGGGAGCUCAGAGAUGUUCGCACUGACUGCCGGGAGAAGGCGCUGCAGCUAGAAGUGGGGAAACACAAGGAAAUGGAACUGCUUUCCACGGUGCGCAGUUUGCAAGAUAAAAUGCAGCACAUGAAGCCUCCGGUAGCCGAAGAUUAUGCCCAAGAGAGAGAGAGAGAGAGGGGAGAAAAAGAUGCUCUGCAAAAAGAACGUGAUCUUCUCAGGAAGAUCGUGGAAAAUCAGAAGAAGAAAACGGAUCAGUUAUCUUCACAAGUAAAGGAUCUGGAGGAACAGAUUGCCCAGGAUGAUGGUACAGCCCAGGCUUUGAGAGCAGAAGCCUUGAGGCAGGAAAAUGCAUUGCAGCAGCUGCGCAGAGCUGUGAAAGAGCUGUCUGCCCAGAACCAAGAACUGAUGGAAAAAAACCUGACUCUCCAGGAGCACCUCCGGCAGAUGGAGCUGGGCCAGUUACUGUCAGGUGAAACGGCCAGCCUGACCCAAGAGCUGCAUAGUGAGCUGGCCAGCUGCCUACAGGACUUGCACUCUGUCUAUAGUGUGGUGACUCAGCGGGCACAAGGAAAAGAUCCCAAUUUGUCUUUGCUGUUGGGCAUUCACACUGUGCAUUGUUCUGUUAAAGAAAAGGACUUGUUGAAACCAGACACGCUAGCAAAGAAGCUGGAGGAUGUAAAACAGUUGCACAAAGAGAUUGAAGAUUUGCGGACUGCUAUUUCAGACAGAUACGCUCAAGAUAUGGGUGAUAACUGCAUUACACAGUGAAGGCCAAAAAAAUGGAGGAUGAGAACUAAGAUUGUAGAUCAGGGAAAGUCGCUACAGGGUGAGUUUUCAGAAUGUCUUUAUUAUCUUUUCAGGUGAUUUCCCACAGCAGGAAAUCAAAGUUUUUCUCCUGAUAGGAAAGCUCUCUAAGGAAAACAAGUCUGUAAGGUUGUGAGAAAGACUUAAUUUUGUUUCCUACAAUUCUGGAGCUGGUUCCUGUUAACAGCUGCAGUCUUUGUUCAGAAAAGCGUUGCCAGCAUUCGUUUCUGUAAUUUAUGGCAGAACGUUUCCCAAACACUACAAUCAUGGAGACUGCUCCUUAUCUUUGUAAUGUAGUUUCUGCAAGGUUGUGAAAGCUUUUAUGAGUUAGGAUUGAAUAUAAUAUGGCAGCACAUAUGUAGAAAAACUGAAUUGGGUAUAGUGAAGGAAGUCCGUGGAGAAAGAUCUGUCUUGGUAACAGGUUUUUGAAAUUUCUAAGAUAAUCUUGUUCAGUAGUCUCAGGUUUUCUUGUGAUUCCUUCCUGAAACCAGAAUUAUUAUGCUGAAAUUAUAAAAUACUUUAAUGCAUUUCUCCUUAAAUGAUUUGGAUCUUCAAAAGCCAUGGCUGGUUCCUCAUAAGUCUAACUUCAUGUGGAAGGAUAUGACCACUGCUGGUGGCAUGGACAUUUUCAAUGUCAGGGUGCCAUUAUGGGUUAACAUGUUUUUAUGCGGAUGCACUUUUUAAACUGUAUUUUCAUAUCACUGUUCUCUAUGCAGACAUUAACUUGACAUUCUAGAAUGUAUGAAUUCAAAUGUUGAAAUGCCUUAAUUCUCCUAGAAAUAAACCUUUGGAAAGAGAGAAACUGAAUUCUGA